AUGGCCGCCAACAUCACCGAAUCGACCAGCUCCAUCUACAACGAGCCCUGGAAGCCGGAGGAAGCUUUCUACACGGGUGGCCUGGGCGUCGAAGGCGAGGGGCAUAUCGUCAAGUUGCGCUUUCAUACAGUAACAGCCAAGGACCGGGUGGAGCGUUUCAUCGCCAUUCAGCUCAAGAUCUCGUCGGCAUUUCGCAUUGAGCUGGACAAGUACGGUGUCGAGUUGCCCGUGGAUCCCAAAAAAUAUCCCGACGACGAACGCUCCCUUUCCUAUGAUGCUCUGUUAGAGAAGAUUCAGCCUCCUGCUGCCCUGAAGCUCGGAUCAAGCGUCAAGCAAUCUCACCUGGUCCAGGGUGAUGAUAUCCAUUUCAAGACCCAGCGCGAUUCCUUCUUUAUCAAGUCGUACUUCCACACCAAGAUGGGUAAUUUCACAGGUGAGGGUGCCCAAGUCAUGUCGGAAAUGUCCAAGAUUUCCGAUCGCCUCGGCGAUGUGACGCUGCCUCAAGAUGAGGUCGAGGGCUGCGAGAGUGAUGAGUGGUCCGAUUGA